AUCAGUUUAAUUCAGGCAAGAACUUAACUAACAACGGUCGAAGUAAAAGCGGAGCAGAUUUCCUCUAGCAAAUAAGCGGUGAUAAUCAUAAUCGGUGCAAAUCUCCAGCGAGACACAAAAAGAGAUCCUUACAAGCGUGUAUUUAUGUACGUAUAUAAUCGUAUCGUCACUUUAUGGAUUUUAUGUGGCGAAGGACUAAUUGUUUUUAAAUGUGAAGUAUAAAAGACAAAUGUUAAAUUAGAAUAUAAAAAAGGACAAAUGUUAAAUCAUAAAAAUAUUGAAAGACUUUAAAUAUAUUUAUGUAGAAUAUAUAAAAUUUAAAAACUUUUGUUUUGAGCGUUUGCAGUGUGACAGUGUCACAGUGUUUUACGGCGAACAUUGUGCAAUUAAAAUUUGUUUUUGCAUGUUAAACUAAUAAUUGAAUAAGAUAAGUUAUUACAUAUAUCCUUUGUUGUGUGAUAAUGCCGGCAAGCGGUUUGGAGCGUAAUAUUUCGACCAUCAACACCGAAAAUAACAACCUAACCAAGGACCCACAACACAGCAAUGGCGCUCAGAAGCUGAACCAAAAUGUACGCAGAGAAUGGAAUAUCAAAGCUUCGAAAAUCUCCGCAAGAACACACAACCGCAUACGUGGCAUUGUGGAGUCCUUGAAAAUCAAACCGAAUCCUGACAAGCCAAUGAUACCGCUAUCUAUUGGUGAUCCAACGACGUUCGGCAACCUACGCGCCUCCGAUGAAACCAUGCUGGCCGUACAGCGGUGCAUUGAAGGCGGCAAAUAUAAUGGCUACGCCCACUCACAGGGUCACGAAGAGGCGCGACGGGCCAUCGCAAAAUAUAGUGCACACCAGAGCGCCGAAGAGAUAAAAACGGAGAACAUACUAAUGUGCAGCGGUUGCUCGGCGGCGCUGGAGUACUGCAUACUGGCACUUUGCGACAGUGGACAAAAUUUGCUCGUACCACGCCCUGGAUUCUGUUUAUAUCAAACUUUAGCCGAAGGAUUGGACAUCGAAAUACGUUAUUACGAUUUGUUGCCGGAACGUCAAUGGGAGGCGGAUCUGCGGCAGUUAGAGAGUUUGAUUGACGAGAAAACAGCAGCGCUGCUAAUCAAUAACCCAAGUAAUCCAUGUGGCAGUGUAUUUAAUCAGAAGCAUCUGGAGGACAUAUUGGUCAUUUGUGAACGCAAUUAUUUGCCCAUAAUAGCGGACGAGAUUUACGAGCACUUGGUAUUCCCCGGCUCCAAGUUUAUAGCCAUUAGUAGUCUGUCUAAAAAUGUGCCGGUACUCACAUGCAGUGGCACGACAAAACGUUUUCUGGUACCCGGUUGGCGUAUGGGUUGGGUAAUCGUGCACGAUCGUGCAAACCGUUUGGCUCAAGCUGUGGUUGGCUUGAAGAACAUGUGCGGCCGCAUUUUGGGCUCCAAUAGCAUAGUGCAGGGCGCACUGCCCGAUAUGUUGGAGAAUACACCAAAAAGCUUCUUCGACAGUGUGAUCAAUGUGCUCUCGGCGAAUGCACGUUUGGCUUAUCGCAUUUUGAAGAAGGUACGUGGCCUUAAUCCGAUUAUGCCGGACGGCGCUAUGUACAUGAUGGUGGGCAUCGAUAUCGAACAUUUUCCAGCUUUCAAGUCCGAUACGCAGUUCGUGCAAGAAUUGGUGAAUGAGCAGAGUGUAUUUUGCCUGCCGGGUGCCUGCUUUGAGUGCCCGAAUUUUGUGCGCAUAAUUUUGACAGUUCCUGGUGACAUGAUGAAGGAGGCUUGCAUGCGUAUGGCAGAAUUCUGUGAGGCACAUUAUAAGAGUGAUGAGGCAAUUAUUGAGCAUGGACUCUUAGACUGAAGUUGCAACCAUGGCUUGGAAAAACGAUUGCUUAAGCUGGAAUGUAUUGCUUAAAUAAGUACAAUCUCAUUUUAUCCACAAGAAAGGGUUUUUGGAAAUUGCUGUGCAUAAAGCUCGAUUAACUAUUUAGUGAAAUCGCUGUGAAAAAUAAAUAAAAUUGCAUUUGUACUAGUUUUUUGUAGAUUUAGUUAUUCGCACAAGUAGUCAAAGUCAAAUAUGUGACCUUAAUAAAUCUUUAAAUAAGUAGUUAAUAGGUCUUUCCGUUAAGUUAAAGUAAUCAUAUGUUAUUUCUGCAAUAUAAUUGUUACGAUAUACGUAGAGUUAGUUUUAAAUAAAUAAAUGAUUUUAAUUACCAAAGGGUAAUGUCAAUGCAAA